GUAGAAUUAAAGAUGAAAAGUUUCAUCCUGAGACGGAGUGAGUUUUGCUAGUCGAGAUUUUAAAGUUGCAAUUUUUUCCAGGGAAAAACUUUGACUUUAAUGGUUGAAAAGUUUUCCAAAACACCAUGCAACCGGACCAGGUGUUGGGACGCGUGAAUUUAGUCGGGGUCAGGCGUUGCCAAUAGUGAAAAAGUGCCAGUGAAAAUCGGUGCUUUGGUUGCGUUUGGCUGCUGCUUGAAGCCAGAAGUCAGUCCUUUUGCGGAUGCGAUUUUCCAUCCUCCCUGUUGGAAAAGUCCUGCAAAAAUCAUCUUUCUCGGCUGGAGCAGCAAUUGAAUUUUUUGGCGGAGCAGGACGACUGACUGACUGCCGUCUGUGUGUUUGAAGAGUCUGUAGAGAUUUCGGGGCUGGCAUUCAGCCUCCCGUAGACAGAAGACGACAGUUCAGUUUUUCCCGUUUGUGUUCUCAUCCGCUUCCUGGAUCCUCCACUCGGGGUGCGAAAGUGUGUACGCGCGGAAUUCGGGAGCUUCCAAGUUGGACAUUUUAUUUGAUUGUGAUGUGAAAGUAAGUGAGAGUGAAACACAUAAUGGAGUUUCGGGGAGUCUGAAGGAAAAAAAUUGGGAAAAUAUACGCCAGGGCGGGCAGUAGCAAAAAAAAAGUCCUGUGAAAAAAGGCGUAUGGGAAAGUGAAAAUUUGCUGUGUGAUUUGGAAUCGAGAUAAAAUGGAAUAGCUGUGUGACGUUUGGCUGGCACCGUGAAUAUUUUUGGAUAUCACUGUCUGUCCCUUUCAGGGGUCGGUCACAAAACGAGCGAAUUGUGCAGGAAUGCACGAUACAAUGUCCAAGGAUCUGGACAGCGAUACGGAAUCGGAAGUGGCGGCCAGCGUCCAGAGCAGUAAUCACAACAACGAAUCUGGCCCGCUGGACCCCGACAAUGAUAUCAAACAGGAUAUGGAUUCGGAUAUGCGGGAGGACACUCCCAUUCCGAUCCCGGAUACGGACAAUUUCAGCGAUUCGGACAGCAUGGAUAGCAGCAUCCUGAGCAAUUCCGUCAGACUGUCCGUCAAUGGCGACGCUUCCGGGCGCCCCGCCCCAGUUGCCAAUUCCGAAAGCAGCCUUCCACCGAGCACUCCCCUGGACCAGAACGAAACCUCCCAGCAUUCGCAACAAUCGCAGCCCAUAAGUUCCGCUCCUUCUUCUCCACUCCACAAAUCCAACAGCAAUCCAGAUGCCUCCCUGAACCCACCGGCUCCCGCUACACAACCCGCUCCCCUCAAAACUAUCCUUACGAUUCGGCCGCCAUCGGCCUUAACGGCUCCUUCAAUCAGCCACCACAACAACACUGGCGGAAGUAGCAGUGGAGGUUCCGGAGGAAGCAGUCCGGUCAAACGGUAUCGGCAUCAGAUGUUUAGUAAAAAUAUCUACAUCGGAACGAAAAAUGCGGAGAAGUGGGAUACCCUGAGGAAUGUGCUGCAAUUCAAAAACGAUGUGGAGUUUGUGAGCUUUCUGCUGCGGAUGGCGGAACUGGAUGUGCGGAAGCGGAAGCUCAGGGCAUCAUCAAACGGUGUUAACGACAGUCUGGAGCAGCAGGAAAGUCCCCGGCCUAUUCCUCCGAGUGCCCUCAGUAGUUCCAAGCAGGACAAGCCUGGCAUCAAGAAAACCAAAAGAGUACAAUUCCACGAUAGUGUAAAUAUUAUCAACGACGGUAGCAGCAGCAGUACAACUACCACGACGACCACCACCAGUCUGCGGCCACCGGAUAACGGUGGUGGUGUAUUCGACUUCCACGAAGAUGACGACGACACCGAGGAAGGUGGUAACAUUGACUUCCGUAGACGGAGGGGACGAGGUCUUCAGCGGCAGAUGCGAUCGCCGAGCCCACCGAGGCAGAGUGAGCGUGGGGACGGUGGGGAUGAUGCGGGUGCUGGGUCAGGCGAAGACGAUGACGAUGAUGAACAGUACAUAGUGCAGAACAUAAUCAAGAAGCUUCCGGGAAGGCUGGGACAAGGCAAUGAAGUGCAACAGGAUUCGAUUAGCAGUACGAUCGGUUCGGAUGAUUCAUUGAAUACGGAAACCGAAGUGCUCGAUUAUCGUAUAGCGGAGAAAAUCAAAACGGAGCUGGAAGAGAAACAGAAGAUGGUGAGGAAGCCGUUCGGUGAAGAGCUUCCAUCAACUUCGAACUUUUCGGAGCAUUCGGAUCGCCCGUCGGAUGAUGAGGCGUACGAAAGUAAGGUAGAUAUAAAAAAGAUAGACAUUCGUAAGGCACCGUUUGACCCGAAGCUCGGUAGCAGUAGGAAAAUGAAACGGGAAGCAGGAUCGGUAGAUCUACGUAUCGAGUACGAAGAACAAGAGUACAAUCCGUUUUUGGGUGAAGAUCGUAAACCAUUUUUACCACCGCUUAAAAAACCUAGAAAGACACCGACAACGAAAAAUAAAGCAUGCACCGGGUGUAACUUGAAGCAUGGAACCGACCCAUGUCCCCUCGAUACACCGAUGGCAGUUAUCAACAAUAAAAUCGAGCUUAGCGAAUGGAUAGAGCAGAACGAAGAUUUGAUCAAAAAGCACAAAAUCGUGCUGAAACCGGAGAAUCCGGAGGAUAUGGACGAUGACGACAGUAACUACGACGACGAUGAAGACGAUGACGAAGGAGAUGAAAACGGGGAAAACCAAUUCGAAGAUAAAUUGGACAUCUUACCUUCGUACUCGGAAACGUCGUUACCACCUGAAUUCGAACUGCGACUGGCACCGUUUUCAACAACUAUGAACCCGGGCGCGACAGCAAUUAGUACGAAUGGUGUACCUCUCAACAUGGAUCCCAACGAAUCGUCUUCCUCGAGUCUUCAACAACAGCAAACGGGUGAACAACUUCCUCAGGCAGUUGCUGCUGCAGCGGUCACUAAUUCGGUGAACCACGGCUUGAGCAUCUACACGAAAAUCUUCAUACCCAAAUACACCCAGAUGGGUCCGGUCAUUGGGCAGGUGGUGAAAGAAACGGAAAUCCAGGACGACUGCAAUAUGCGUUACAUGUACGAAACCUUCAACGGCACCAAGUCCACCUACGUGAGUAUGGAGAACAAGAACAUUUCCAACUGGUUGCGAUACCUUCGGCCGGCGCGUCAUCGGGAUCAGAAGAAUUGCGUUUUGAAGGUACGCGACGGACAGAUAGUGUUUGUGACCAGUACGGAUCUGGACCCGGGUACUGAGUUGCUGUAUUGGAGCGACGACACAAAUUCAGCUUGGGGAAAAAAGAAAAUGGAAAAGACGAAUUGCGGUGGAUGUAACUUGCGGUUCGACCAUCCGCUGUAUUACCGAACGCACUGUUCGGUCUUCCACGAUCCGGCGUUCAGUUUAACGAUCCGAAAGUAUCACUGCAAGGUGUGCGGAAUCGCCGUACUCGGAAAGGAGAACAUCAUGAAGCACGCCGAGAAGAUGCACGAUGGCAAAGGUGCCUAUCAGUGCCAAUUUUGUCAGAAGUUCUUCCUGCGACUCAACUACCUGGAAAUGCAUCGUACUUAUGGUUGUAGCAUGAAUCCGCAGCGGGCACGACCUCUGUGCGACUUCUGUGGUCGCAAGUUUUGUCAACCACAGAAGCUGAAAGUUCACAUCAAACGGAUGCACAGCGACAUGGCCGAGGUAUUGCGCGACUUCCAGUGUAAGCUGUGCAGCAAACUACUUGGUUCCCGUGCUGCCUUGCAGCGUCACUCCAAAGAGGUUCACAAUAGAAAUUCGGCCGUCGUUAGCUGCCCCCGAUGUCAAAAACUGUUCCAGAACAGAAGUAACCUCAAGAUACACAUGUUGACCCAUUCCGGGGUUAGACCGUUCAAGUGCGCGGAGAACGAGUGUUCGGCAGCCUUUACGACCAAGCAGUGUCUGCAGUUCCACUACAAGAAGGUUCACGGAUAUACGCAGGAGCAGAUGCCGAAAAUCGAGCGCAGUGUGGCGUAUACUUUUGAUGCAUAUUCUGGUGGUAUGAAUAAAGGAUUGGUUGACUUAAUUACAGAUGGGCUGCAGCGGCGUCAGCGCAGGAAGCUGGAACCCGGCGAGGAAGGAUCAGAGAAGAGAAAACGAGUACCGAAGGAGUUAGCAGGCAACAUCCUGAAGACGAAGAACAUUCUAGAGUCGUUUAAUGAGAUGUGCAAGAAUGACUCUAACCUGUCGCUCUUGUCCACAAAAAUUUCAUCGAUUCUGAAUGGAAAUCUCAAGGAUUUCACCAAAGUGCCACCCGGAAUGCACGGAAUGGAUAUGGAAGGAGUCCUCAAGGAAGAAAUGAACGAGGAGAUGGAUUCUAAUGACUGCGGCGAGCGCGACGAACGGCUGGAAGCGAUCCAGCGUCAUUUGAACCAACCACUGUCCGAAGAAAAACAUGCAGAAUUUAGUCAGCUUCACUCGCGGCUAGCAAACAUAUCAAAUCAAGCAGAGCAGAACUCACUACACUACAAAAUACCUUGUGGCGAGGACGAAAAACCGGUCGUUGAUACGGAUGGGUUUGGAGAUUUGAACGCACUGGCAACUACACAGAAAUACAAAGAGUUCAUGAACCAAGAAAAUCCAGGCUUAGUGAUCAGCAAAGGUAGCAAGAAAUGGAUCAGUGACAACGAUCAUAUUCCGGACCAAGCAAAUCCGGAAAAUAUGCUCGCAGCCAAUAGAGACUUUCUAACAAAGUUGAUAAUGAACGGAAAUGUUGGACACAGUGCUUCUCAACAACAUACGGUAGACGACGACGAAGAUGAUGACGACAAUUCAACCAUCUUGGACGUGGUAGAUUCCAACAACCAGAACCAACAAAACGCCAAUGCGCAACAGCAAAAUCAACAACAAAAUCAGCAGCAGCAGCAGCAACAACAGCAACAGUAUACGUCUAGCUUUGGUAGCUUGAACAGUUCACUGCCUGAUCUACCAGCUUUCCAGAGCCAUACAUUCCCUUCCCAUUUUAAUCAUCAAUCGCUUCUGGGAAGCUUCUACAACAAUAACAGUGGUUUAACGGGUCGUAACGGAAUAAACACUUCCGCUAGUAUGCUAGUGGAAGCAGCGCUCAAUUCUGUGAGCAACAUUAUCAACGAGGCCGAGAUGAACAACACCAACACUAACAACAACGAAAAUCAAGAUCUUCACAUCGGAGGUAUCGAUGGAACGGGAGGAUCUGCAUCGAGCAACAAUCUGCAGAACGAUUCGUUCAACUCCAGCUGUAACAAUAACGCAGUUGACGAUUUGAAGCUGAUGAAGUCGCACAACUUCCCGCUUCCCAUGAACUCAAUGUCUCAAUUCUCAUCAAAUUCUCCAGACGAUGCCAGCACGAUUCAAGAACGCAGUGAAAUAGAAGUGGUUCGACCGAAGUCACCUCGGGAUAAGUUAUCUAACUACGGUGACACAGACAUAAUGGGCUACGAAGGGCAGCAGCAUCAACAGUCAACACCACAGUCGACUCCACACAAGCACAAUCCAAGCGUUGAAUCGGUACAGAGUACGUUGUCUCCAGAACAUAACGACUUCAACUACUCAAACACCAGCACAAGCCAGCGACAACAACAACAGCAGCAGUCCCAAAUCGCAAAUAAUUCCCCAGCCCGUUCAAGCUCUCGUCAGAUCUACGCAGAGCAUGACCUCAUUUCACCGGCUUCAACACCUUCCUUACCGAGAUAUGAUUUCGGUUCCGACAACAACAAUAGCUACGCCCGUAGACAGGAGAAAACCAUUAGCUCUCUAGCGUUGGAGAACUUCGAAGCAAAUCUCAAGAGCAACCACCACAUGCAACACUUGUCGAGCGAUGAAGAUAGCAGCAUCGUAAUAGCGGAAAAUUUGUCGGUGAACAGUGACACCAAAAUGAAGAUCACCAAUCAAUCGGCUACGGCCGACUUCAUGGCUUCCAAUUCCGGCAGCACUAGCAACAAAUACGACACUGGACGAAACAACGCGUUAGGCUCCGAACUAUCGACCGAUUUGCGACUCAAGUACAACCACGAACCUAGUGUAGAUCUUCCGGACUUCCGUCCCAGCGGCAGCAUGAACGAAAACUCUGACUUCCAAGGCAUUGACAUGACCUCCCGAACGGGUCUUCCAUCGAGCUAUUCGCACAGCAACUUCCAAGUUCCCGGCACAGGAUCUAAUCCGAAUUUCAAUCGAUAUCACCACCACAUCUACGACAUCCUUAGCGAUCGGGAGCAGCAACACCAACAUCAACAACAGCAGCAGCAAGAGUUUCAACUGCAACAACAACAACAGCAGCAGCAACAACAACAGCAAAUGCAGCACAUGAUCCAAGAUCACAUCGCUCAGGAUUCAGAACCAGAUCAACCAGCAUCCGUCGAUCUAAGCCGCACCUCCAACUACCUGAUGCCAUCGCCACCUUCACCGGCUAUACCUUACUCCCACCCUCAUCCGGACAUGAUCCGUAUGGUAUCACUCGAUCUGAGCUCCAACAGUGGCAGCAAUAUGAUUGUCGGUAACACCCCACAUCAUGUCCGGCAUCCCUCGUUCCUAUCCUCCCAGAUCCAACACUCGAACCGAGAUUCCUUGCCCGAUCACCACCGGUUACUAGCGAGCGAACAGUUGGCAGCCACCAACCAUCGACUCCUGGUCGAUCCAGCAGCCCACCUGAUCUUCGAACAGAACAACCGGCUGCUGGCGGAAACUCCCGGUCCAGCACCGCCACCCCCACGGCACGUCGUUUCCCCGCAGCGAGGUUUCGGAGCCUACCAUCACCAUCACCAUCACCAGGUGGGAUCCAGUAACUACCAUCACCACUCGGUGAAGCAGAACCUGACCUCUCCGCCGCUGAAUCAACACGCGGCCGCCGCAGCUGCUGCCGCUAACUAUCAUCCGUUUCCGUCAUACUACUAAGAAGUUUCUGAACGUUGAACGUUUUAGUGAUGCAUGGAUGAUAGUUUCUCAAGGUCGCAUGGUUUCCUAUUGAGGUUGAUAACUCGUUGCCAGAUCACCAUGAUUUGGAAUCGGUUCGGGGUUAUUUUCAACCCAAAAGGAAACCCUAAGAAUUCAUUGUGUUCUUUGAUGGAUAAAAAAGUUAUAUUUUGCUAUUUCUAUUGUAUUGACAGAAAAACAUGAUACUCAGUCAUAGACAUCUCAAGGGAAGUAACUUUUAUCAAAUGUUGUAUAGGACUUGAUAAUACUUAAUUGCGAACUUCCCACGAGUAACAACUUCAAUCUAAUUUCGUAAACAAGUUAUUCAUUCGUACUUAUCACGAUAAUCAUCGUUUAUGUUAUACUGUAAACUCCAUAUUCAAUUGUGAAUUUUUCAUGUGAGAAAAUUACUCAAUCGUAAACUUCUCACUGGAAGCCGGAAUGGAAUCUUGUUUGCCGUGAGGUGAACACGACACUCGAUCGUGAAUUUUUUACGGGAAGAAUUACUGCACUAAUGUUUUUUUAUUUUGUUUUUUUUUCUAUUCGUAGAACGAAUAAUGAGAGGAAGAUAGUUUCGAUGCAUCACUUAAACUUUUGUUCUCCAUUAACACCUGAGUAAGUACCGGAGCUUCCAAAUGCUCUAUUCAGUGAUUACAAUACUCAAACAAGAAUACUGAAAAAUAAGAAACGAAAAAAUAUACAAAAAGCUAGACGAGAAACGUGUAAAAACAACAACAUAACCAGCGACAAAUUAUUUUACAAGAAAGCUCAAUGAUUUUCUAUAAAUUAUAAAAAAAAAAACGAAAAAAAACUACCCGCAGCAAAACAAGGAAUCUCCCACCAGAGCAGAUUGUAGAGUUUCUAUAAUGUUCACAAUACGAAUCAACUUAAACAAAAACACUCACAAAAAACUCACUUGAAAAUAACUAAACAUUAGCUACAAAAAUAUAUUCGGUUUCGUGGAGCCGAAAUCUGACACACAAACAUAAAAUAUACGCAAGUUAUAUAUACAUUAUACUGAAGCCACACACACACACAACAAGAAAGCGAAUUUGUAUGAAAUUUGCCUGUAGAAGAGUCGCCAGAAAAAAAAAACCAUAGCACAUAUGAGAAUGGUAAUCUGAAUAUACAUACGCUAAGCUAACGGCUAAGCCUAGAUCCCCACCACCCUUCUUCCCCCUGAAAUGGAGAUACUUUCACUGUUUUAUCGUAACGUAUCUGUGGAUGUUCACAAGUUUUCACGACUUCUUUUUGUCUAUCACAUGUGUAUCUGUUACCGAUUGAUUAUCGCCUCAUCUUAUUGCUUGAUCAGUAUUUUAUGAAAACAAUCAAAAAAUUUCGCUUAAAAUAGAAAUGGGAUUAUUUAGAUUUUUUAGAAAACUAUUUUGUUUACUUUUAAAACUAUAAUCGAGACCGUUAAAAACCAGGAAAACAUUAUGAAUGUUUUUUCUUCUAAACGUUUCCGAUUUAUUGAGCGCAGAUAAAAAAAACUAUAGUACGAAUUUUGAGCAGUAAUUGCUUACGCAAAAUAUACUUAUCGUAGUUUGUAAUGUUUACUCCAGAAAAGGGUAACGAUAAAUUACUCUAGAUAUACCAAACAAAACCAAACCCUAAGUAAUGAAGGAAACUUAUCAAAAACUAAUCACAAACCAAAAAUUCCACAUACAAAAAUUGAAUGAAAUAAAUCGAUUUUGUGCCAAAGAAAGGAAGAAAACUAAAUAAAAAAUCCAGAAAAAAGUCGUUGAAGAGAUACGCUAGCGCAUUUUUCUGUGGCCGAUCUCAGCUAGUUUGAAUACUUGUGCACAAUAUUCUUCUAAAAACGGUAGCCAAUAAAGAAUACAACAAAAAAAAACCAGUCAGAGUCUUGUCAGUUAGCCGUUUUAUUCGUAGCUGUAUAAUCAAUAUUUACAACAACAAAAAAACUUAAACAGGAGUAAAAUCAUAAAAAAAAAUUUAAGAAAGAGAAAUCCCCAGCAAACGAAUAAUGUAUCUGUGUAACAUGAGUAUAAAAUUAAAGACAAACCAUUUCAUAAGCUUGAAACAAAGAGCUGUCAACUAUUUAGAGCUGUAACGAUAGCGGUGUAGAACAACUAAUUUACCGUUUAAUCAUUUCCGUUGUCUUAGCAUAACCUCCUUAUACAAACAAAAAAAAACAAUGACUCAUAACCACACAAGAUGAAAACAGGAGAUAGCUAAAGUUUCAACUGCAAAAGCAAAACAAAACCCCUUCGACCAAAUUUCGAGAAAUAGAAUAAAAAAAACUGAAACAAAAAAAAA